AUGAGUGUGUGUGGGAGAAGACACCAGAGCGAGCACUUUAAUAGUUUGGUUUAAUGCGGCGGCAUAUGACACGCCAGGGGCAUGGAAGCUGACGGAACUUGUUUGUAAGAAGUUGGAUGUUCUCGAAUUUGCACAUACGGAUCGACGAAACUAAUACAAGAACUGACGCGGACUUUCUCCGCCAUAUGCCCCCGUGAUACUAGCGAGCUGGCGUAUUUGGAAAGUACAAACCUGAGCGCGACCCCUGGGUUUUUUCUGACGUUCCAUUAGUUUUAAUCACCAAAUUAACUCCAGAUUUAGCGUUCAUCACCCGUACGGCGCUGUGCGUAGUUGCACAAAACAAUAGGAUGCGCGUAAUCUCUGGAUGCAAGGAGAAAUGUGAACGGUAGCGUCAUCUGAAUUGGUACCGGAGGAAAUUAGCCCCUGUCCCGUUGAAUGCUGUCGGAAGCUUCGGCUGUAAGCUUCACCUGCGGGAUGUAGUUUGCCUCAGGAAUACGAGACCUUGAUGUGGAUUGAAUAGACCGGAGAACUCCUCGUUGCCUUCACAACGUCAGUGAGGAUAUUCUCUUUAAAUGAUCUUGCGCUGAGGCGGAGGCCUCUAAAAAGUUUAUUUUGAUUGUCGUACGUGAUUACGGCAGUCAUAUUUACCACACAAGAUAGUCCACCGACAUAGCUUGCGGAUGAAAAUUAUCCAAAUCGCAGGAAUAAACUGUUAACCCCGCGCGUUAGUAAGCAUUAGAUGAGCGUAAUGAGCUUUUGCGUAUCUGAAUAAUUGCCAGUUUACAGUGUGGGAGUGAGAGGUUGUAUGCGUUGGCAGCACUUUGUGUGGGCAGAGCACACUGACAUUUGUGUCGUAGCAUGGUUAUACCUUUCUUUUUUUUUAACAUCCCCUCUUACACUUCAGCCUUCAUCCCUGACAUAGCCUACUUCCCGAGGUGCUUCUGAAGCCGUAUCAUCUCGUUCUCUGGAAUUUCGGAAUGCGUUGGUAUCUGUUUUUCCAUGCGCGCCCCUGACCGGCGCUGUCCUCGCGGUGUUGACUGCAGCACGCGGAGGAGUCUCCGUUUAACGCCAGAAUUGCGCAGUUUAAUUUUUUGGUAAAGGGGAAACGGAGAAGCGCGGAUCAGCUGUCCGCUCCAAUUAUGUCCACCAGAGAGAGUGCGUGCCGGAAGUUCCAGGCGAACAUCUUCAACAAGAGCAAAUGCCAGAACUGCUUCAAGCCGCGAGAGGUCCAUCUGCUCAGCGAUGAAGACUUGAACCAGGCCAAGCCUGUGUAUGGAGGAUGGCUUCUGUUGGCACCUGAAGGGACAAACUUUGACAAUCCCAUGCACAGAUCGCGAAAAUGGCAGCGGCGGUUCUUUAUCCUGUAUGAACAUGGACUCCUGCGCUAUGCUCUGGAUGAGAUGCCCAGCACUCUGGCUCAGGGCACCAUCAACAUGAACCAGUGCAGUGAUGUGAUAGAUGGAGAGAGCCGCACUGGCCAGAAGUACUCGCUGUGUAUCCUCACCCCUGACAAGGAGAGCUACAUCCGCGCCGAGAGCAAAGACAUCAUCAAUGGAUGGCAAGAGGCCCUCAUCGUGUAUCCUCGCACCAACAAACAGAACCAGAAGAAGAAACGGAAAGUUGAGCCACCUACUCCCCAGGCUCCAGACCUCCUGAACCACAGGUUCAUCAUGGGGAACACAAACGGGUACCCAGAGCCAGGCCCAGCUAAGGUGGCCGUGACCAGCAGCAGUAGUGUGGGGGGCCUGGGCAGUGUCCCCUGUCUGCCCAGCAGUAUAGCGCAGGCCGAGCGUGUGCCGCCCAGCAGAGCCUCUCUCUGGCAGGAGGAGCGAUGGAGCCGACAGACGCCACCGGCCAUCCCCACCAGCCGCAGUGCCAGCUGUCUGUCUGAGGACACGGCAUCGCUGGGCUCUGGUGGCCGUAAGGUACGAGUAGAGAGCGGCUACUUCUCCCUGGAGAAGCCCAAGCCAGAGCUGACCCCUGAGCCGGCCAGCACUCCUCCGCUGCAGUCCCUGCUCCUCACCUCCAGGUACCACACCUCCCCCGACCUCCACACUGCCACCUCCCCAACCUCCCCUCCCCCCCUGGCCUCCCCCUCCCCCCUCCUCUUCUCCUCCCAGAGCUCGCUGGACUCCGAGCCCAGCUGGGAUGGGCCCAGCUCAGGGAGCGUGGCGGGGGCAGGCAGGGUCAGCGGCGGCGGUAGUAGCCGGGCAGGGCGGAGCAGGCCGGAGUACGCGGUGCUGGCGGACGUGCCGCGGGCCCGUCGGCUGAACAACCGCGAGGCGUUCCGCUCAGACAAGAAGCACCAGGAGCUGCGCGCCAGGACACGUAGUCCCGGCCGAGAGGAGGUAGCCCGACUGUUCGGCAACGAGCGCAGACCUGCGUCUCUCAGGCGUUCGCAGGUGAUUGAGCGCUUUGAGGCGCAGGAGCUGCAGGCCGUGGAGCACAUGGAGACGGCCAGCUCCUCGGCCGACCCCGCCCACUCGCCCGCCUGCCCUGCGCCCACCAAUCAGAGACAGGGACGCAGCGACCGGCGCCAUUUGUCUCAGAAGCAGGAUAUGUCAUUAGAUGCUGCUAGAGAACGGCCCAUGCCUGAUGUGUCCAACUCUAUCGCCAAUCUCCGGAGGGCCAAGAGUCUUGACCGCAGAGUCACCGAGUCCUCCAUGACGCCGGAUCUGUUGAACUUUAAAAAAGGAUGGAUGACCAAGCUGUACGAGGAUGGAUUGUGGAAGAAACACUGGUUCGUUCUGACCGACCAGAGUCUGAGGUUCUACAGGGACUCCAUCGCAGAAGAGGCGGCAGAUCUGGAUGGAGAGAUUGACCUGUCCUCUUGUCAUGACGUCACUGAGUAUUCCGUGCAGAGGAACUACGGCUUUCAGAUUCAUAGUAAAGAGGGUGUGGUGACACUCUCAGCUAUGACUUCUGGGAUACGACGGAACUGGAUCCAGGCCAUCAUGAAGAACGUGCGUCCCACUGUUGGCCCUGACGUCACCCGGAAAAACGUCUGUCUGAAGCUCUCUGUUCUGAAGCCCAGUAGUUCUCUGCCAGAGGAAAGACUGAAGGUUCGGGUGGCCCCUGACCUGACCUCCCAGCCGACCCCGUCCCCCACUGUGAGCGUCCAGAUGCCUGAGGUCAGAGGUCAGCAGCCCUGCGAUCUCACCAGCAGCCCGGCGGCGCCCGAGCAGCGCAGGAGCCGCGUGCGUGACCGACGGCGGGAGGGCCGCUCCAAGACUUUUGAUUGGGCGGAGUUUCAGCAGACUCAGGAGAGGGACGUGACCAUUAAGCCGUCAGAAGGCGCAGAGGUGGAGCCUGCAAACGCCAGCUCCUCCUCAUCGUCGUCGUCUUCCUCGUCGUCCUCCUCUUCCUCGUCUUCAACACCGGCUUCCUCGCCCACGUCCUCCCCGCAGACCACCUCCUCUUCGCUCUCGGCUCCGCCCAACAGGAAGUCCGCCCUGGAGGCGCAGGAAGAGCAGGAGCGGCUCGUCCAGCAGGAGGGGAGACCCCGGGUCCCGCAGACCCCAGCAUCACCACCAGCAGCAGCAGCGCCGGCGCCGUUUAGGGCCCAGGAGGCAGAGCGCGAGGUCAACCAGAUGGAGGUGGACCAUGCCAGGUCCCAGAGAGACCCACCGCCCAAAACCCACAGCGUCCAGGUGGAGAUCGAGCAGCGCUGGCACCAGGUGGAGACGACGCCCCUUCGGGAGGAGAAGCAGGUGCCCAUCGCCAGUCCGUCCGGCCCUGGGACCACACCGCCCCCUAGUGGAGACCGGCUACCCCCACAGGAGCGGGUCACCCAGCUCGACAAAGAGCUGGGAUACACUCAGAAGGAGCUGGCCAGGCUUCAGGAGCAGAACAGCUUACUGAGGGAGCAGCUCCAGGACGCGCGGGGGAGAGAGCAGAGUGCACGAGAGGGCUACGUGCUACAGAAUGCCAUGCCCGCCCAGACCACCGGCUCCACCCCUCCUUCCUCUGGGCCUCACCGGAUGCCAUGGCAACGUCUGCACAAAGCCAAUAAGGACCUUCAGAGCGAGCUGGAGUCCCAGCGGCGAAAGCAUGAGAAGGCCAGUCAGCAGGUGCAGUGCUUGAGGCGGAGCUACAGCGAAGCCCAGGACGCACUCGGGCAUCACGAGGUGGAGGUGGAAGCCCUGCAGGUCAAGCUGUCGGCCGCCAUGGCGGAGAUCGUGGAGAGUGAGCAGGCGGUGGCGCGCAUGCGCAGCGAGCUGAAGCUGGAGCAGACGCGCUGCCAGGAGCGCGAGGAGGAGUGCGGCCGCAGCGAGGAGGCGCUGAGAGCGCAGCUCCGCGAGAGCGAGGAGCGGCUGCGGGAGGUGGAGGCUCACCUGCUGGAGAGGAGCCAGGCGCUCCGCAGGCUGGAGCAGCAGCAGGCCCUGCAGAAGGACCACCAGAGGGAGGUGCUGAGGCUGCAGGAGCGUCUCACCGAGGUCACUGGCCGCCUCAUCGCCACCGAGGAGGCGCAGGCCCUGAGGGAGCAGAGGGAGAGGAAGGAGAGGCGCUCGAUGGAGGAGAACCAAGAGCGGGAGCGUCAGGCGCUGGCCCGCCGGCUGGCCGAGAGCGAGGAGAGGAGAAGCGAGGCCGAGGAGCGGCUGCAGGAGGCCCAGCAGCAGGUGGAGGCCCUGCUGAGAGGAGGACGGGGCUAUGUGGGGGGCUCCGUGGAGGAGGUGCAGUGCCUGCACGAGCAGCUUUCCGUGCAGACAGAUGUGGCUGAAUCUUUGCGGGAGAGCGUCCGGAUGCUGGAGGAGGAGCGGGAUCGGUUAGCCUGCCGCUGCCAGGAGCUCCUGAACCAAAUCGCCGAGGCCGACCGAGAGGUGAGCAAGCUCCAAGACCGCCUUAAGAGCGAGGAGACGGACUACUGCACCCUGGAGAGCUCCUACGAGAAGGUGUCCCAGGAGUUCCAGCGCAUCAGCAGUGUCUUGAGGGAGAAGGAGGAGGAGGUGCGGCAGACCAAGGAGACCUACCAACACCUGGUGGAGCGGAAGGAGCGAGAGCUCAGCGAAGCGCUCGUCAAGAUGGCCGCCCUCGGGAGCAGCCUGGAGGAGACAGAGCUGCGCCUGCUGGAGAAGGAGGAGCAGCUCGGCCAGAGAGGGCGUUGCGCUGCCGGGGAGGUGGAGCCGUGUCCAGCAGAGAAGGAGCUGCAGGCUAAGCUGGUGGUGGCGGAGGAUCGCAUUGCCGAGCUGGAGAGACAUCUGGAUGCCCUCCGGCUCGGGUACGCUGACCUCAGGAGGGAACAGCGUCGGCACUCCCAGGAAGACCUUCUGGACAUGAUGGAGAGAGAGGGGCACGACGAAUCGAUGUCGGCAUCUUCCUCCUCCCUGACCCUGACCAGGUGCAGCUCGGAGACGGACGCCUCGCUGGUCAAGCGGCAGAGGAUCCGUUUCUCCAGUAUCCAGUGUCAGAGGUACGUUCACCCAGAUGGGGGCUCAGAGCAGGCCCUACAGACCAACACCUCCUCCGACUUCCCCCACUCGGACACCUCGGACACAAUCGCCCAGUCAGAGAUGGACCAGUCGGACCUCAGCUUUGUUUCUACAGACGGAUCAUUUCAAUAUGGCAGUGAUCCAGAGAAGUUCAUCUCCAUCAUCCAAGCUCUGGAGAUGAAGCUGCUCUCCACCGAGGAGAAGCUCCGGGAGCUCACCCAGAAGUUGCAGGACCAGCACGAUUCCCCAGAGCGGAAGGAUCAGCCUGAGGGAGCCGCGCUCAUCCCCUGGGACUCUCCAGAUCAACUCCCGGCCAGUCAUCAACACGAAGAGCCUGAUGGAAAGUCCGUCUCCAGCCCAGAUUCCGACUGUUGGGGCACUUCAGGAGUCCCCAACAGGGGAUAUGAACAGGCCCUGGUGUGUGUAGAGUCAUGCAGGGAGAGAGUCAGGGUCAUUCUUGGGCUUCAGCAGGAGCAGGAAUCUGUAGAAUUGCAACUCCGGAACCUAUCAGAGAUUGAGGGCGAGCUGGUCAAGGCCACUAACUUUAUGAAAAAGGUAGCCAUGGCUGGGGAAGGACCCCAGGCCGCUUCAGAGGUCAGGAGCAUGCAUGACCUAUCUGAUGAGGCCAUAGUCAGGUGCUUUUCCCAGUCAUUAGCUUUAGAGGCAGCAGUUUUGGAGAAGAUGGCUUUCUCUCUGCAAAACUUGAACGCUGACCUCUUCCAUAGCCUUAACGAGAUAAGUGUCGAAAUGGACAAGAUCAAACAAAGUGAACAGAGUUUUACGAUGUCGACAUAUGCCAACAUGUUGAGCCAGAAGCUGAUGUCCGAGUUGGCAUUUUGGGCAGAAGUGGAGAAAUUAGAGUCUCAGGCUUCAGGAAUUUCCCAGAAUCCAUGUCUAGAUAUGGGGUCCCUGAAGAGCUGCUAUUUGAAGCAGCCUCUCAUAAACAGUGCCUGUGUCAAGUUUGAGUUGGCCUACUCACUACAGAGUCUCAGAAGCUCCAGCCAUAAUCGACUUGAGGGGCUUCAGGAAGUGGCUACCCGAGCUGGCCACGAGCUCCGGCAGAGAGCCAAAGCCGUGCAGGAGCUGGUCAGGUCCUCAGGUCUGCAGUCGGCCAUCCAGACCCAAGAGCUGGGCAUCUGUGAGGAUUCCACUCUAGCGGACAUCACUCCACCUGAACUUGUCCCUUACUUCGAGCAAAUCAAGAUGGAAGAGGCCCAGGAAGUGGCAGAGGAGAUUGUCGACAGACACCUGGCCAUAGAGAUGACCUUGUCUGGCGAGGAUUCAGUCGAGUCGUCACAGGAGAGCAGGGAGAGGCUUGCAGCUGAGCUUCAGAAGCAGGCUGGCAUCAUUCGUCAUCUCUGCCAGGACGUGGAGGUACUCUGUGGCACAGACGUUGGUGGUAGGCUCCACGACCUUGCUGACACCAUCCGUGCCCGCUGGGGCUGUGGGUACAGAGAGGUGCCUGUGGGAGCAGUGUGCAUGCGGGAGGCUCUGCUCCAGGCUCAGGUGGCCUACACGGCCUGCAAGCUGCGUGGUGACCACCAGAGGGAGCUGGAGCUCUGCCGCCAGGCCGGGCGCAGCAUGGAAGUGCUCGUGCGGGAGCACGCCCUCAACAUGGCCACCAUCAACCAGCAGUACCACACCUCCCUGCAGGAGGAGCGCCACACCUACGCCCAGACCGUGGCCUCCCUGCAGGAGGAGAACCAGGCCCUGCGGGCGGAGGUGUCUCAGCGGCUCCAGGAGCUGCAGGCCCAACAGGAGCAGCUGGUGCAGCUGGAGCAGGAGUUCCAGCGGGAGACCGAGGUGCUCCGGAGACAGCAGCAGGAGGAGCUGCUGCAGGAGGAGCAAGGCAGGGCCCAGAGGGAGAUGGCCCUGCUGGAGCGCACGGAGGAGAGCCAGAGGAGGCUGGAGUGCCUCCUGCAGGAGGUGGAGGGCCUGGAGGAGAGGCACGAGGAGCACAUGCGCAAAGCACACGACGAGUUCCAGGGCAGAAUCCAGCAGCUGGAGCAGCACCACCAGCAGGAGAUCCUGCGGCUCAAGGCCUGUUACCGACGGGCCAGCCUGGGGGAGGAGCAGCAGCACAGGGAGGAGCCUUUGUCUGAGGAGGCGUGUUCCAUGGAGGAAGGGGAGGGGCCUGAGGAGAAAGUGGGCCGAGACUCCAUGACUCUGCUGAGGGGGCGUGUCCAUGAGCUGGAGUCCAAGAUGGACAGCAUGAGGGACGAACUGGAGAGCAAACAGCUGGAGGGCGACGUGGCCGGCCUGAAGGACAAAUACCAGCGUGACUUUGACAGCCUGAAGGCCACGUGUGAGCGUGGCUUUGCCGCGAUGGAGGAGACUCACCAGAAGGUGAUUGAGGACCUGCAGCGACAGCACCAGCGGGAGGUCAGCAAGCUGCUGGAGGAGAGGGAGAGGCUGCUAGCCGAGGAGACUGCCGCCACCAUCUCAGCUAUUGAGGCGAUGAAGAACGCACACCGGGAGGAGCUGGAGAAGACCUACCGCUCUCAGCUGAGUGGUGUCAGUACAGAUAUCGAUGAGCUGCGCAUGCAGUAUGAAGAGGAGCUGCAGUCCAUCCACCGUGAGCUGGAGGUGCUGUCUGAGCAGUACUCUCAGAAGUGUUUGGAGAACGCCCAUCUGGCCCAGGCUCUACAGGCAGAGAGGCAGGCCCUGCAGCAGUGCCAGAGGGAGAACCAGGAGCUCCACACACACAAUCAGGAACUGAAUAACCGUCUAGCAGAAGAGAUCACACGUAUGAGGUCUUGCUUCAGUGGGGAAACUGCCACCUCUCCUCUCACACAGGGCAAGGACCUGUAUGAACUAGAGGUAUUGUUGCGCAUUAAGGAGUCAGAGAUUCAGUACCUCAAACAGGAGAUCAGCUCUCUGAAGGAUGAACUACAGACCGCUUUACGGGAUAAGAAGUAUGCAUCCGAUAAGUACAAGGGCAUCUAUACUGAGCUUAGCAUAGUGAAGGCUAAGGCUGACUGUGACAUUGGCAAGCUUCGGGAGAAGCUGUUGGCUGCUACAGAAGCCCUUGGAGAAAGGACUGCUGAUGGCUCAGCUGUUGCCCCUGGUUACGACAUAAUGAAGUCGAAGAGUAAUCCUGAUUUCCUGAAAAAUGAGCGCUUCCGUCAGAGAGGGGUCAGAUCCAAGUCGGUCAGUGAGGUGGCAGCGUGGGAUAGCUGACCCCCUGUUGUGAUAGCUUAAAAGAAGGAUUGACCGUGCAGGAAAGAAUGAAGCUGUUUGAAGCAAAAGAUUCCAGAAAGAUCUGACUGAGGACUGUACGCUCUGUGGCUUUGUCUCACACUCACAUGAACACACACGCGCGCACACACGCACGCUACCCAAUACUGUAACUGGAGUGUGAAGUCAGCCUCUGGAAUCUGGGACUGUCGUCUUUUAUGUGUCCAUGAGCAUCUGCUCGUCAACAAUUUGUCCUGGCAUUGGAGGUGUGUGUGUGGUCUAAAAUUAAUCUUACUUGUAUGUAUCAUUAACAGAUUGAUUUUAAGUAAUUAGCUUGUUUUAUGUGCGUGUGUGGCCAUGAGUAUAGGUGUGUUGGCAGGAAAUGGAAAUACGGGGCAUUGGUGGAGGAAUUUUAACCAGUCAUAUCCCUUUGGCCACUCCUUGCCAACUGUGUGUGUGUGUGUGUAUUGUUUUAUUUAUCCUAUACAAAAAUUAAUAAAGAUUUAAAAUGUUUAUUUAUACAUAGAGAGAGACUUAUAGAAAAUGUGCUGUCAUUAUAUCCUGUUCUGACAAUGAUGAUGAUGUGCUGGGUUUUAAAGUGAUUUAAGUGCUUUUGUGUAUGUGUGUUGGAGAGCUGUACUUUCUGCCAGUGGUGUUUGUGUAAAGAUGAGUGGUGUUUGUGUAAAGAUGAGUGGUGUGGUGAGUGACUGGGUUUGCUCUCUGCUCUACUGGAACUGAACGGAUUCAGACACAAUGGGAUUUACUUGCCAUUUGCUGUGUAAAAUCAUUAUUAUGAAAGUGUUUGAUAACUGUGCUUUUUUGUAUGGGCUCUUUGUGUGAAUGGUAGAGAUGAUGCUGGGUUGUCAUAUUAUCUUCAGUGGUGUUCCACCCCCCCAACCCCUUCCCCUUUUGCUGGCUUCAUGUCUCACAGGCCUGUCCGGCUAGCUGUAAACAGUGCAACUAAACUUGAUGUGCCACGUCAGUCAGCGCGGCCCCCUGUAUUCAGUGUGAGCGAGAGCUAGGAUUUGCUGUAGUGCUUGUGCAGAGAAGCGCUCAUUGACCUGAGGUGGUAGCCCAAUACCCUCCCACUCUUCCUAACCAAGCUUAUCAAUGGCAUAAGGUGCGCUGGCAUUUUCACACGAGCUAUGUUUUGGUACAGUGUUGGCUCAGGGCGCUCAGUGUUGCUUUCAAUCUUUCAUUUGUAUCGAUUUCUUUAUGGGGGAGGAGGGCGCACAGCACUCCAUACCCCCACCUAUGCUGGCUCCAUCACGGCCUCCACGGUGAGGAUGCCCCUCAGAGUGGUCAGGAUGGGAGAGAAGGAGACUCUGUAAGGCAUUCACAUGAUCUCAUGGUUCACCACAGCUACCACACCGUACUGUACAGUGCUCUAUACUCUUGCCUUGUAAAAAACUGUCUCCCAGAAAGCAAGUUUGCUUUUGUUUUUUGUUUUAAGUCCUCUCCUUGCCUACCUGCUCUCUGUUUAUGAAUAUUUUUUAUUUUGGUUUUGAAUGUAAUGUCUUCAAUAAAUGAACUGUUUCUGA